AUGAAGUCCCAAAAUACGAACACUAGAGAGGGACCCACUCUCCACCCUUCUGUGGUUGGUGUCGAAGCAAUUGAAGAAGCAGAUGAAGAUGGGAACCAUGGACUAGACCAUCCUCGUGAAAUGCCCUUCACGUUCCUCACAAAGUCAUUUUCCAUUCCAAUUCUUGUGCCGGACGUCACAUUCCACAGACAUAUUCACGCCUUUGCCAUUCAUAAUUUUAUCCAGUCACUGCCAUGGAAAGGGAUCCAGCUUGGUGUCUCAAUCCUCUUAACCAGUGAGGUCCAGAAGCUGCUCCAUGAAUGGCCAUCAAUGGCUGCAACUGAUUAA